UAUUUGAUUGAUGGGGUUUGCACAUUUCACAGUUGUUUGUAUAAACAGUUCUAAUGGAAUUAUUAAACAGAUAUGUCAGUCCUGUCAGUUGCACCCUUCUCCUUCUAAAAUCUUGUUGGAAGGCUGAAGAAGGUAGAAAACACCUGUAAUUUCCUAAUGAUAUUGUAUGAAUAUUUUAUACGUUACUCCGCCACGAAUCCAGAGAUAAGAACAACACUACUCCUAGUUCAUGUCAUGCACUGAGCUGGAGAAACAUGUUGACUAGGAGAAAGAAAACCCUUGUUGUAAAAUGUAUGUUUCUGGUCGGUAUCUGCUGGAUUCUCACUCUUAUCUACGAAACAAACUAUAGUUUUGAAAAAGAUAAGCCUGUUGAGGAAAAAUUAGUAAACCCUUUAAGUGAUUUAGAAAAUAUUGUUAAAUUCGAUGAAAACGAACCUGUGAUAAAAGGUGAAAAUGCGAACGCUUUUGAAGAUUUUCAAGAUGUAAAAGAAGAGAUACAUAAUGAUGAGGAAGUAGUGCAUGAAAAACUUGAAGAAGUUCUGGAGAAGAAGGAUGUAGAAGAACCUGCUCCGGAAGAGGUAGCUCCACCGAAGCAAGACGAGCAUGUUAUCGAAGCUCCUCAUGAUCCUAAUGGACCUGGAGAAAUGGGAAAAGCAGUUAAACUUGAGAAUCUUGAUCCUGAAACUAAGAAACUGGUUGAUAAAGGGUGGCAGGAUAAUGCCUUUAAUCAGUACGUGAGUGAUCUUAUAUCUUUAGAUCGAACCUUACCAGAUCAUAGAGAUGAAUGGUGUAAAGUACCUGAAAGAAAUCUACCAAACUCUGUUCUACCAAAGACAAGUGUGAUCAUCUGCUUCCAUAACGAAGCCUGGUCAGUUCUGAUCCGAACCGUGAGAUCUGUGAUAAACAGAUCCCCCCCGGAGCUCCUGGAACAGAUUGUUCUGGUUGAUGAUGCUUCUACCCAGGAGCAUCUCAAGGGACAACUUGAACAGUACGCGGAGAAAUUUCCUGUUAUAAAGAUAGUCCGAGCCCCGGAAAGGACAGGACUGAUUCGAGCACGACUACUCGGAGCUGCUCAUGCAACCGGAGAGGUACUUACAUAUCUAGACAGUCAUUGUGAAUGCACUGAGGGAUGGUUAGAACCGUUACUGGAUAGGAUUGCCAGGAAUAAAACGAAUGUUGUCUGUCCUGUAAUUGAUGUGAUUAACGAUGAUACCCUGGCGUAUCAGAAAUCGUCUUAUCUCGCAGUCGGAGGGUUCGACUGGAACCUUAUCUUUAACUGGCACGGAGUCCCGGAGCGAGAACGUAAAAGACGGAAAAAUGAUGCGGAACCUGUGCGUAGUCCAACAAUGGCUGGAGGAUUAUUUGCCAUUGACAGAUCUUAUUUUGAAACUUUAGGGACGUAUGACUCCGGGUUUGAUAUCUGGGGAGGAGAGAACCUGGAGAUCUCGUUUAAAACCUGGAUGUGUGGAGGCACAUUGGAGAUAAUUCCCUGCUCACAUGUCGGCCAUAUCUUCAGAAAACGCAGUCCGUAUAAAUGGCGGACGGGAGUUAAUGUUUUGAAAAGGAAUACAAUUCGUCUCGCUGAGGUUUGGUUGGAUGAGUAUAAAGAGUACUACUAUGAUCGUAUUGGACACUCACUUGGAGAUUUCGGAGAUGUUUCCUCCCGAAAAAAAUUGCGAGAGAACCUGCAAUGCAAGUCCUUCUCUUGGUACUUGAAAAACGUAUAUCCAGAGCUGUUUGUGCCUGCAGAGGCGUUGUCCCACGGGGAGAUCAGGAACCUGUUCGGGGGCACCAGCAACAUGUGUAUAGACUCAGACGUUCAUAAACAGAACAUGAGAAAACCAGUUGGAAUAUAUCCUUGUCAUGGCCAGGGAGGAAACCAGUACUGGAUGAUGUCCAAGGACGGAGAAAUAAGACGAGACGAAGCUUGCCUGGACUUUAAUCAGGGUUCGGUCAACCUGUACACUUGCCACGCAGGUAAAGGUAACCAGGAGUGGAGGUGGAAUGAGUCCGGAGAACUCUAUCAUCCUGUCUCAAGGAAAUGUUUGGCUGUCUCUCCUGAGAAGGAUAAGCUUGUGAUGGAGACCUGCAUCAAAUCAGAGAUUCGUCAACAAUGGAAAUUUGAAAAUUUUAAUAGAUCUUUGCUCUCACAUUCUGAAUAGUGUUUAGUACAUUUUUUCUACUUUUUUUACACUGAAUCUACUUAUUUUUGUACGUUUAUGAAAUACAGAGUUGUUUGCAUAAA